GUGGCGACCUCCUAGACGUCAAGACUUCUUUCUUUCUACUUCCGCUGCGGGCAGACACGUACGUGCAAAACACGCGAGUUUUGCAGUUGACCGGUGAAAUCGAGUUCGCUACCGUGUUGCAAGUGCUCAAACGUCGCUAGAAAUGGCCGGUACUCUCUACACUUACCCGGAAAACUUCCGCGCGUACAAGGCCCUGAUCGCGGCCCAGUUCUCCGGCGCGAAGGUGACCGUCGCGUCCGACUUUGUCUUUGGCCAGACGAACAAGAGCGAGGCCUUCCUGAAGAAGUUCCCCCUCGGAAAGGUUCCCGCCUUCGAGACCGCCGACGGCAAGUUCCUGACCGAGAGCAACGCCAUCGCGUACUACGUGUCGAACGAGCAGCUCCGCGGCAAGACCGACCUCGAGAAGGCCGAGGUGCUGUCGUUCCUGUCCCUGGCCGACAAUGAGCUGCUGCCGGCGGUUCAUGGGUGGGUGUUUGCCUUCAUGGGCAUCAUCCAGUUCCAGAAGAACAACGUCGAGCGUGCCAAGCAGGACCUGAAGGCCACGCUGACGGCGCUCAACAGCCGUCUGGUGAACCAGACCUUCCUCGUCGGGGAGCGCCUCACGUUGGCCGACAUUGUCGUGUUCGCCACGCUGCUGAGCGCCUACGAGAAGGUGCUGGAUCCGUCCUUCCGCGCUCCGUUCGGCAGUCUGACCCGUUGGUUCAACACCGUGCUGAACCAGCCCCAGGUUAAGGCCGUCGUCAAGGGUUUCACCAUGUGCGCCAAGGUGGCCGAAAUUGACCCGAAGAAGUUCGCCGAGUUCCAGGCCAAGACCGGCGGUGCCCAGCAGCAGCAGCAGAAGGAACCCAAGGAGAAGAAGGAAAAGCCGGCCCCGGCCAAGAAGGAAAAGGAAGCGGAACCCGCCGAAGAGCUGGACGCCGCUGAGCUGGCUCUGGCCGAGGAACCCAAGUCGAAGGACCCGUUCGAUGCCAUGCCCAAGGGAACGUUCAACUUUGACGACUUCAAGCGUUGCUACUCGAACGAGGACGAGGCCAAGUCCAUCCCGUACUUCUUCGAAAAGUUCGACCCGGAACACUACUCGAUCUGGUACGGCGAGUACAAGUACCCGGAAGAGCUGACCAAGGUGUUCAUGAGCUGCAACCUGAUUACCGGCAUGUUCCAGCGGCUGGACAAGAUGCGCAAGCAGGCCUUCUCGUCCGUGUGUCUGUUCGGUGAGGACAACAACAGCACCAUCUCCGGCGUGUGGGUCUGGCGCGGUCAGGACCUCGCCUUCGAGCUGUCCCCCGACUGGCAGGUCGACUACGAAGUGUACGACUGGAAGAAGCUGGACCCCAAGUCUGAGGAAACGAAGAAGCUGGUCACGCAGUACUUCUCCUGGUCCGGCACCGACAGCAAGGGACGCAAGUUCAACCAGGGUAAAAUCUUCAAGUAAGCCGCGCGCUUGAAGGUAGGAUUACGAAUUUUACUUUACCCUUUCCACACACACACAAACAAAACAACACUCAACAAAACACACACAAACUAACAUCAACCGGUCUCCGCUUCGCGAGGAGUUGAGAUCGACCGUGAUUGAAGCCGUCGUCGUCGUCGUUGUCGCCGCCACUGCUGCCGCGUCCAAGAACAGACACGAAAAGUUCUCUUUGUUACAAUAAAAAAAAAAACCUAACUUAAGAUAUAAA